AUGUACUCCCAAAAUCACCAGCAGGGUCACAAUGCGCGACUGAACGGGGCGGGCCGCGGGAUGCCAAACUUGCUGUACAACUACCAGCAGCACGCACAACAUCAGCACCCCUCCCAGCCCCAGCAUCACCAAGGCCUCCAGCAUGAGCAUGGCAUGCCCAACAGCAACGGGCUUGCCCACCACGCAUCCUUCACCUCGGGCGUCAUGGCCAACUCGUCCGCCUUUAACGCCAACGCCUUGCCUAAUGGGCAUUCCGGCAACAACGGACGUGGAGGCCAGGGCCCGCCCAACGAAAUGUGGCAGGAACAGCUGCGGAUGCACAAGGAGUCUGAGCGAGCUCACUCCGCCAUGACCGAUCAACAACAACCGCACUACUAUGCCAGGCUCAAGGCCUCGGAAAACAGAGGAAUCGGCGGCCCGCCUCUAUCAAGCGCCAAAACUCAGGCCGACGGCGAAAACGACGAGAUUGACAGGAGACGCCCCUACAAUGUCGAAAAGGAAACGCGGCGGCAGGACUGGCACAACAUGGAUAUGAGCGGCCAAGGUCUCAGGAACCUGGCGCCCGAGCUGUUCAGAUACCAAUUUCUCAACGAGCUCUACAUUGCUUCCAACAAGCUCACGCGCCUCCCCAAGGAGAUUGGUGAGCUCCGGCAGCUGCGCCAUCUCGAUGCCUCGUUCAACCAAAUUUCGGAGCUUCCCCCUGAGCUGGGUAUGUGCACGUACCUGAAGCAGCUGUUGCUCUUCAACAACAACAUCCCGGAGCUGCCGUUCGAACUGGGGUCUCUUCAUCUUUUGGACAUGCUUGGAAUCGAAGGCAAUCCCUUGGAGCCUAACCUGAAGCAGGAAAUCAUGGAAAAGGGCACUAAAAGCUUGAUCAAUGCGCUGCGAGAGGGGGCUCCUGUGCCGCCGCCCCCGACAGCCCGGAAAGAAAUCGUCAUCCAGGAAGACGUCUCACCCAGCCUGGAAAGAAUCAAGGUCUUCUCGUGGAACGUCCUCUGCGACAAGUAUGCGACUGCCUCAACUUAUGGAUACACCCCCACGGGUGCCCUGAACUGGGAAUAUCGCAAAGACUGCAUCCUAGAGGAGCUGCGGCUUCGAGACGCAGACUUCCUGGCGCUGCAGGAAGUCUCGACGGAUGCGUUCAAGGAGGACCUGAGCCCCGAGCUGGCGCAGAUGGACUACAAGGGCGUGCACUGGCCCAAAUCGCGGGCCAAGACCAUGUCAGAGAAGGACGCCCAGACGGUGGACGGAUGCGCCAUGUUCUACAAGCAAAGCAAAUUCAUCCUGCUUGACAAGCAGCUGAUUGAGUUUGCUACCAUCGCCAUUAACCGGCCAGACAUGAAGAACCAGCACGACGUCUUCAACCGCGUCAUGCCCAAGGACAACAUUGCCGUCAUAUGCUUCUUUGAAUCGCGCCUCACCGGUGCCCGGGUCAUCCUCGUCAACGUUCACCUUACCUGGGACUCGGCACUGGCCGACGUCAAGGUCAUCCAGACCGGCAUUCUCAUGGAGCACGUCACCAAGUUGGCAGAAAAGUAUGCGAGGUGGCCGGCCGUCAAAGACAAGAAGAUGAUUGUCAUUCCGACGUCGCCGAGCGAGGCCGAGGCACCGGCUCCCCAGGCCGAACCCGGCCCGAGCCAGGAGUAUCGCACCAACACGGAAAUCCCGCUGCUGGUUUGCGGCGACUUUAACUCGACAGAAGACUCGUCAGUGUAUGAACUGAUGUCGAUGGGCCGCGUGCCGCCGGACCACCUGGAGCUGAGCAGCUACCAAUACGGGAGCUUUACCCGCGAUGGCAUCGAGCACCCCUUUAGCCUCCGGGACGCGUAUGCCCACAUCAAGGGUACCGCCGACGAACUUCCCUUUACCAACUACACGCCGGGCUUCGCCGACGUCAUCGACUACAUCUGGUAUUCGACCAACUCCCUGGAGGUGGUGGACCUGCUCGGCCCGCCCGACGCCGGGUACCUGAAGCGGAUGCCGGCGUUCCCGAACUGGCACUUCCCCGCCGACCAUAUCCAGAUCAUGGCCGAGUUCAUCAUCAAGGGUCGCAAGGAUAAGAAGCACGCUUCUGAGCGGGAUCAAGCCGAGUUUGGCAGCGGAUCCGGGGCCGGACGCGGCUAG